AUGGUCUGGGUAGGGCAAUUUGGAACAGCAGCACAGCCAGUUGGUAACCGCACCCCUCGAGAUCCCCCAGUUGUAGCGAGAUUGAACAGCAUCGACUUUACCCUUUGGAACGGCACGAAUACCAACGGCCAGUACGUCUACUCCUGGAUCGCCAACGAAACUCUGACAGAGUUCGACAUGGACUUUGCUCCCUUGCUGGGCUUUCUUGCCCAUGAAGAAGGCGUGAGCGAGGAUGUGUACUUGGGUACCGUUCAGUUUGGACAUGAGACGUUCUUAGCGGCCAGUCAGAUGAACUUCUCGAUCUCAUCAUAUGCUGCUGAGAUCCGGAGCAAUCGCGCAGAGGCAAACGGGACAUCCGAGCCAACAGCUUCUUUGCCAGUGGCGACGAAAGUCAGUACUGCUCCUCGAAGGUGUGACAUUAGCCUGCCGAGUAUGCUGUCGUUAUGUGUCGUCUGGCUCGUGAUUGGUAACAGCUAG